AUGGGCGAUAGGAACAUCGAAACUCUCCUCAAGACUGGGUCAUGGACCAUCCCUUCGCGCUCAAGAAGCCCGCAUCCGUAUGUAUAUCAUGAGACCUUGGAAGCUCAUGUCUCUAACGAGAGCAGUGACCGUCGUCCCUAUGAAGACGAUCGGCCGUCGAGGUCCAACAACUAUUCAUCAUCUGGAGAUUACAGCGAUAGGCCGACCAGAGAGUACAGCGAUAGACCAGCCAAGCCUUACCACGAUGAACCGCCCAAAACAUACAACGAUGGUCCAACUCGAUCAUACAACGAUAUCCCCGCGAGAUACCGAGAGACACCGUCUUACUACAGCGAUGUACGACCGCAAUCAAAUAUCAGCGUCCCCAAGAGCAAACGAGCACCCCGCCCACUUGUCGAAGAGGAGCAUGAGUCACUAGCGAAGGAGUCAGCAGAGUCUCUGGCCGGCGUAGUGUCUGAGGAGGAACCCCCAUACCGCGGUGAAGUUGAUCAACAGCCUCUCUUGCUCCCGGUUCACGAGCACAACCCCGAGAGACGAUUUGUGAUUAUUCCUGGAGCCGGGGAAGAUGGGUCCGCAGCCGAGGAUGAGCACUAUGAGGCCAACACUUGUCGGAAAUAUGUGAUCGUUCCACCAAACGAAGAGGGAAAGGACAAGAAGGAAAGCAAAGAUGACAAGGGCGACAGGAAACCUGCCGAGCUACCCAGACGAAAGAGCCACCAAGAUCUGCCCCGUCUGGAUACUCACCUCGACGAGCGUGAUCAGGAUCCGACCGCUCGAGUUCGCCGGUCAGACAGUAGACAUGAUAGGGAGAAACCGGUUAUUGACCAGGACUCUCGGGACCGCCCCAGCGCCCGAGACGAACGAAGCGCGAGAGCCGGGCCACCACGGGACGAUGAGCUCCUGACGCCUGCCGUCAAGUAUUCCAACAGUGCAAGGCGGGACCGGGAAUAUCGGGCUUAUGACACUGGAAAAAGCCCAGCAUCUGCCCGAAGUCCCUCUACCAGAGGUGACCGGGUCGAUCCGAGAACUACAUCUGGCAACCGAGGAUCAUCAACUCGACUAGAUCCUGGUUAUCCCCCUAGCGCCGGAGGUCAUAAGAGAGCAUCCUCCACUGUCAGCGGACCCCCCCGUGAUGACCGAACUCGAGACAGGCCGCGGUCGAUGGUCUACCCUAUUGGAAAUUUCGAAGGCUUUGAUGACGGCGGUGCUGAUGACAUCAUGUCGUUCAUGGCGCCCGGCAUCAACUUUGAUCCAUCACGGAAGAAACCCGAGACCUCACCCCAAAGAGGGCCUCAAAGUUCUCAACAUCGCAACCACCGUGCCGGGGAAGGCAUGCCAAUCCCUCAAGCUUAUGUUGCACGCCAUGGCCGUUCCAACACUCGCGAGAGGAAUGACUAUUCUAGUGAUGAUAACCACCGUGGACGUCGGCAACCCCGGGGAGAACGGCCAUAUCCAACGCAUCCGUCGAUGGAGCCGGAGUAUCCUCCAGAGAUGGUUUCACCUGAGCAAGCCAGAGCACCGAAGCCAAGGACCGGCUCGCCCUUGCCUUUCCCCACUGAUGAUUCACCAGACCCUAGUCCGCAACACGCAACUUUCCCAAGACACACCCGAGGCAGGUCGGAUUACCGCUCAAACUCGCCCUCGCCGCCUAGACGGAGAGGUACGGGGCAUGGCCGAGAUGCCAGCAUGAGCACCUCUUCCCAGCCCGGAUCGAUGGCAGGCUCUCUUGGAAGGACCAACGGGUUGGACAGCAGAAGACCGCAGGCCAAGAACCCAGCAAUCGGCAUUCUGCGACAAGAAUCGUCUCUUGAUCCCAAAUCACCAGUGAUGUAUUGGCAAAAUGGCCGUUUUGAUCCUCUUGAUGAGACUUCCAGCCCGGCCGCCCAGGUCAUUUCCGUUCGCCGGUAUCUGGAGGACGCAGGCAAAGGGUUACUUCCUCAGUUACCAACCUGCCACUUCCAGAACCCCACCUCGCCGUACAAAGCAUCCGAAGCCGGGCAGUGGAUGACGCUCCAACGCGCAGAGAACUUUAUCAUCUGUCCCGACUGCUACAAAGAUGUCUUUGCCAAUUCUACAUACCAACAUCUGUUCUUCCCUGCCCCGCCACCCCAGCAGCCUGUAUCGUGCGACUUUGGUAGUCAGUUCUGGUACCGUAUCGCCUUUAUCCUCUCGUUGAAACACAACCAUACGGACCUUCGCCUGUUGCAAGCUGCCUCCCUGGUCGCUGCUCGGCAUCAGCCCUGCGCUGGAGGUGUACGAGCCACGAGAAUCUGGUACGGCAUUCUGUCGCCCAACUCGCGACAUCCGCGCCCCAUCCCGGGGUUCGAAGUCUGCUCUUCGUGCGCCAAAACCUGCGAGGCCUUGCUGCCCAACUUGGCGGGGGUGUUUGUCCCAUUGGAUAACAAUGAGCCGAUGAAGGGCACAUGUGAAAUGCAUUACUCCCCCGAUAGAAAACGGUUCAUGGAUCUGUGGGACCAUCUGGAGGGGGUGAGCGAUCAGGCUGUCAUGAUGAUGAUGGCGCCGGACUUGGUGCUGUUGGCGGACAAGGUACGGGAUACGGUUCACUAUGAGGAGUGCAAGAGGAACACGCCGUUGAGAAAUAAGAAAUGGUUCAUGAUGGAGAGACUGCCGGAGAUGACGGUUUGUGGGGAGUGUUUUUGGGAGGUGGUGGUGCCGUUGCUGGAACAGGACAGACAGGAUGGAGGGGAUGUGAAGGGGGAGAUCCCGAGGAACUUUUACAAGCACAUGCAGAGGGUGGAGGGGCUGGCGAGUUGUCAGUUGUAUAGUGAGAGGAUGAGGAAUGUGUUUAGGCUGGCGGCGGAGCGUGCGGAUUGGAGGUUUUUGGAGAAGGAGGUGUUGGAGAGGAUGAGGGCGAUUGUGGAGAUUGAAAAGAGGUACAAGGUGUUGAUGGAGAUGAAGAGGGAGGGGGCGGAUGAGGAGAUGGUGGAGGGGGAGGUGCAGGAGUUGAUUAGGAAGUUGAAGGUUGUAGAGUAG